CAUCCUGUUUAAUUGCGUUGCGACGACGACCUCUUCAUUUUUCUAAUCGCACAGUCCCCUGUGUGGUAACAGCACCUCCAUCGUCCUCGAGGGCGCAGACAGCUGCCUAUACGCCCAUCAUGUCGUCUACUGGCGGUCAAACUGGCGAAGCCAGAGAUGCGUCGAACAGUUUGUCAUCCUUCCUGUCGACGCUGGUACCCGUCGCAAUCCUCGGUGGUGCCUUUGUCGCGGCAUUCUUCAUCUUCCGCAAGUCCUUCCGCCGAGUGUAUGCGCCCAGGACGUACCUCAACCAUUUGGGGGAACAGCGACAAACUCCAGCCCCAAGUCCAGGAUUUUUUGGAUGGAUCAAGGACUUCAAAAACCUCAAGGAUGAGUACAUCCUAGACCACCAGUCGAUCGACGGCUAUCUGUUUGUGCGCUUCUUCAAGAUGAUGAUUGUUGUGAGUUUCUUGGGUGCCUGCAUCACCUGGCCUGUUCUGUUCCCGGUGAACGCAACUGGCGGCCUUGGAAAGCAGCAAUUCGACAUGCUCUCUAUGAGCAACGUGAACAGCGAGGGUGUCAACGGCAACCGCUACUACGCCCACGCGUGUAUCUCGGCCAUCUUCCUUAGCAUGGUCAUGGCAAUUAUCGCCCGUGAAUCGUUCUACACCGUGAACCUUCGCCAGGCUUAUCGUAGAUCACCGUGGGGCGCCAGUCGCCUGUCUGCGCGCACCAUUCUGUUCACCAAUGUGCCGAAGACUCUCUCUCAGAGCGCCUUGUUCGAGAUGUUUCCUGGUGUCAAGCACGCUUGGGUCGCCUCCAAUACCAAGGAGCUUGAGGACCUUGUCGAGGACCGUGACAAGACCGCCAUCAAAUUCGAAGCGGGCGAGGUCAAGCUUUUGACCGAUGCAAACAAGAACAGAAUGAAGGCUGAGAAGAACAAGAAGCACUUCGUCAACGAGAACGCACAGGAUGGUACCAAGUGGCUCAACCCCAAGGACCGCCCGACCCACAAGCUCAAAUUCCUAAUUGGCAAGAAAGUCGACACCAUUGAGUACGGCCGCCAGCACCUGGCUGAACUCAUUCCUAAGAUUACUGCCGAGCAGGAUAAGCACUGGAAUGGUCAGGGUGAGCUCGUCGGUGCAGUUUUCAUCGAAUUCGAUACCCAAAGGCGCGCCCAGGAUGCAUGGCAGAUGAUGCAGAGCCGCAAGAACAAGCCCAACUCCAAGAUGGACGCCCGUCAGCUCGGUGUCAUGCCCCAGGAAGUCGUCUGGCAGAACCUCAAGAUUGGCAAGUCUCAGCACUAUGCCCGUUGGGCUGUGGCUACCGCUAUCAUUGCCGUGAUGAUCAUCUUCUUCGCCAUCCCUGUCGCUUUUGUCGGUUUGAUCUCCAACAUCAACUACUUGGCCGAGCGCUUCACAUGGUUGGAAUGGAUCCUAAAGAUUCCCAAGGUAAUCCUAGGUGUUGUUACUGGUCUGUUGCCCACGGUCAUGCUGGCUGUACUGAUGGCUUUGGUCCCUAUCUUCUGCCGCGUCAUGGCCAAACUGGCCGGUUACGUCACCUGGAGCCAGAUCGAGCUGAAGACCCAGAGCUGGUACUUUGUCUUCCAGGUCGUCCAGGUCUUCCUUGUCGCGACCCUGUCCAGCGCCAUCACCUCUGUCAUCAACGAUGUUCUCAACAACCCCGGCAUCGUCCUGAAACUGCUCGCAGAGAACCUGCCCAAAGCCUCCAACUUCUACAUCAGCUAUUUCGUCUUGUUGGGAAUUUCCUCGGCUGCUGGUACCCUCCUCAACAUCGGUGGCUUCGUUGUCGUCAUUCUUCUGGGCCGCAUCCUUCCCGGAAAGACACCUCGCAAGGUCUUCGACCAGCUGACCAAGCUUUCUGCUCCUGCAUGGGGAUCUGAAUUCCCCAAGUGGUGCAACUUGGGUGUGAUCGCCAUUACUUACUCCGGUAUUGCCCCACUAAUCAUGGGUUUCGCCACGGUUGGUUUCACCCUUGUCUACAUUGCCUACCGCUACAACUUCCUCUACGUGUACGAGACCAACAUCGACACCAAGGGCGAGGCAUACCAGAAGGCUUUGAAGCAGCUUCUCACUGGUGUAUUCCUCUCUGAGAUCUGUCUCAUCGGUCUGUUCGCCAUUUCCACUGCGGACAACACUUACGUGGCGGGUCCCCUCGCCAUCAUGUGUGUGAUGCUGUUAAUCACCAUCAUCUUCACUGUGACUCUAGGAACGGCUUUGAAGCACGAGGAAGCACGCUUGGCAUACACCGACCCCACACCACACAACGGCAAUGUCGAGGAUGGACACCGUGACGAGAGCCGUGAGAAGACCGACUCCGCACCGCUGAAUGGCACUACGACCCAUGCGCCCAAGGCGUCGCGUAUUCCUGGCUUCCUCAGGAAGAUCAUCAACCCUGAGCGCAACUCACUCAACACUCUCUACGGCACGCUAGACCAGUACUAUCACACCCCCCAGGAGCCACUGCCGGUCGAAAUUCAGAAGCGUGCCUUCUUCAACCCUGCUGUCACCGCACCCACACCAGUCAUUUGGAUCGUUCGCGACGACAUGGGCAUCAGCGAGCGUGAGAUUAGGGAUACGAAGAAGGCCUGCCCUGAGCUUCAGAUGACAGACGAGCAAGCCCAGUUCGAUGAGAAGGGCAAGGUCUACUGGAAGGGUGUUGAUGACGGCCGUGCCAGAGAGGCUCCUGUCUUCGACGAGCGCAUCCUAUACUAAUCGUAGGCGCUCGCUCAAAGUGCCCUUUUCUACGACACGCCCUCACCGCAUGUGCCAUACUAAAGUUGGAGUUUGAUGAUACCCUGCCCUCGAGGAUACCCAUUCCUUGACCCCAAUUGCUAUACCACCUCGUUU